CUUCUUUCGUACCCUCCUCCAGCAUAAAUGUUUGCACAUAGGUACCUCAUUUUUUCAUGUAUUUUAAUUAAACCCCCAUCCAUACCACUAUAUAUAUAUAUAAGCAGCUACCUACCUGCCUUCAUCACCAUUUAUUAAUUCUCGAAGCUUGCAUGCGAUUGAGGGUAGCAAGCAGUGGCUGUGGGAGGAUCAUAUAUAGUGUGUACUGCUAAUUAUUUGGCUUCUGCAGCAGAAACUUUACUCUGAGAGAGAGAGAGAGAGAGAGAGAGAGCAGAGCAGAGAGAGAGAGAGAGAGAGCAGAGAGCAGAGCAGAGCAAGGUAGCUAGGGUUUCAUCGAUCAGUACCAGAAGAAGAACGUUAACCCCCCCGCUGCUGCCCAAGCUACCUUCUGUCCGAAAAAAAGAAAAAAGACAAAAAGUACAUACUACAUAUCACUUGAAGAGAUGGCCAUCUUCCCCAUUCAUCAUCCACUGGUUUUCACUUUUGGUCUCCUUGGUAACAUCGUAUCGUUCUUCGUGUACUUCGCUCCAUUGCCAACCUUUUUCAAAGUGUACAAGAAAAAAUCUACAGAAGGGUUUCACUCGGUGCCUUAUGUGGUUGCCUUAUUUAGUGCCAUGCUGUGGAUGUACUAUGGCUUAAUCAACACCAGCGCUUUCCUUCUAAUUACCAUUAACUCCUUUGGGUGCCUCAUAGAAUGCUUUUACAUUGCCAUGUAUCUAGCUUAUGCACCAAGGGCAGCAAAGACUGUGACAUUAAGGCUAUUUGUUGCAUUAAAUGUUGUGGCAUUCUCUGGAAUAGUGGCGUUCACCCACUAUGCGGUGAAGGGCUCUAUUCGGAUCCAUGUGCUUGGUUGGAUUUGUGCUUCCCUCUCCGUCAGCGUCUUCGCUGCCCCUCUAAGUAUUAUGGCGCAAGUGAUAAGAACAAAGAGUGUUGAGUACAUGCCCUUCAACUUAUCACUCUUCCUCACACUGAGCGCAGUCAUGUGGCUCUCCUAUGGCCUCCUCCUCAAGGACCUCUACGUUGCUGUACCAAACAUUCUAGGGUUAAUAUUUGGGGUAGUUCAGAUGGUGCUGUAUGGACUGUAUAGGGACAGAGAUGGAGAGCUUAAGAAGAACAAUAAGAAGCAGCAACCAGGGCAUGUAAUCAACAUGGUCUCCCUAAGCACACUUACUCCUGUUGAGCUUCAUCCCGUGGAUGCACAAAAACCUAAUCAAACAACCAAUAUCAUCAUUGAUGAUCAAGCCCAGACGAGUCCCAAUCAAAAGAUCGAUCAGAGUCAUGAUGAUCACGAUCACGAUCGUGAUCAUCAUGUGGGUGAAGAUGAAGAUGGGAAGAAGCUUGAUCAAGUACACACACAAGCUGGGCAAGGCCUCCAUGAUCAGGAAAUCAUUGGGGCAGUUUAAGUUUUAAUCAGAAGAUAAAAGAUUGUUGCAGGGCAUGCAUCCAUGCCUGCUCCCCCUGUUUAAUAAUUUAAAUUUUCAUGCUUUUGAAUUCUUAUGUUAACUCAAAUCCCCACCUCCCACCCUCUUCUUCUUCCUCCUCUUCUCUACCUGAAGUAUGUUUUAUCCUUAAGUUAUCAAUAUAUAUGUAUAGAGGUCGAUGUUUAAUUUGAACGCUAAAGUGGAUUUGUACUCAUUAAUGAAUACAGCUAAUUACCAUUGCAA